AUGCAGGUUCCUAGAGAGGAGGACGUUAGACGUGAGGAGGCGCUUAAGCGGCGGGCGGAAGAACAUGCGCGGUGGAAGGCAGCUUUCUUUCAAAGUAGACCACCACCGCCGUUUUUACCCAAAUCCCGUCCACCUCAACCAAAACCUACCACUAAAGCUCCUGUUCAUCAUCUUUACAAGCGAGCAUUGGAACUAGUUUCAACUGAAGUACUACCACCUACACCAAGUACUACGGAAUCUAAAGAAGAACCAAAAGACAAGAAAACUAUUUGGUUACAACAAUUAAAAGAAGAGAUGGAGCGUCGAAAUCCUUAUGAGGAUAACAAGAUUUGUUCCGAUCCUAAGCGUACUGUAGUGGUGUCAAAUUUGCAUCCAAAGACUAUAGAAGAGGACAUUCGAUUGUUUUGUGAGCGGUUUGGUAGGGUGGUAAGUGUACGUCUCAUUUGUGAUUACAAGGGAAAGAGUCGUAGGUAUGGUUUCGUUCAAUUUGGAUUGGAAGCAGAAGCCCGUAAGGCGGUGGCAAAUAGUCGCAAGUGGAGGUUGCAUGGUCACGCCGUGGUAACUGAUAUGGAACGGGGUAGACUAGAGUUGGGCUUCUUGCCAAAGCGAAUUGCAGAGGCACAGAGACACAUUAAUGCGGCAACGACGUCCUCGUCAGGUUUAGGAAAUGAUAAACGUCCACGGUAUGAGCAUAACUACAAUAACCAGACAUGUAAAGAUGAGAAAUUGAGCUCCACAAAUGUGGAUAGUUGUGUUUUUAGUGGUAAUGAUGUGCCUUAUGAUGUUGAUGAUCUUAUAAACUCUAUUGCGAAUCUUAAGUGA